CCAUAACCCAUUUUUUGUGUAUCCUUUUGGUUGGAAAUUUUUCACCUAAAGGUGCACAUUUUUCUCUUAAAAUAAACAUCACUUCAUGUUUCCACACAGAUUUGCUCCUUUUGUCCCGGGGAUGUGCGGCCCUCCUCUGAGGUCAGCCGAUUCUGCCAGAGCCAUGGAGUGCUGCUUUAUCGACGCUGCUGUAUGAACAAGACUGGCAACAGUGAUACAAUAGUUGGGUACGCUGGCUGUGCACAUACUGACUGUGUAUACAAUAGUUGGGUACGCUGGCUGUGCACGUACUGACUGUGUAUACAAUAGUUGGGUAUGCUGGCUGUAAAUGUAAAGACUGUGUGUGUGUAUACAAUAGUUGGGUACGCUGGCUGUGCACAUACUGACUAUGUAUGCAAUAGUUGGGUACGCUGGCUGUGCACGUACUGACUGUAUACAAUAGUUGGGUAUGCUGGCUGUGCACAUACUGACUAUGUAUAUACAAUAGUUUGGUACGCUGGCUGUGAACGUAUGGACUGUGUGUGUACAGUAGUUGGGUACGCUGGCUGUAAAUGUAAUGACUGUGUGUGUAUACAAUAGUUGGGUAUGCUGGCUGUAAAUGUAAUGACUGUGUGUGUAUACAAUAGUUGGGUACGCUGGCUGUGCACAUACUGACUCUAUGUAUACAAUAGUUGGGUACGCUGGCUGUGCACAUACUGACUGUGUAUACAAUAGUUGGGUACGCUGGCUGUGCACGUACUGACUGUGUAUACAAUAGUUGGGUAUGCUGGCUGUAAAUGUAAAGACUGUGUGUGUGUAUACAAUAGUUGGGUACGCUGGCUGUGCACAUACUGACUAUGUAUGCAAUAGUUGGGUACGCUGGCUGUGCACGUACUGACUGUAUACAAUAGUUGGGUAUGCUGGCUGUGCACAUACUGACUAUGUAUAUACAAUAGUUUGGUACGCUGGCUGUGAACGUAUGGACUGUGUGUGUACAGUAGUUGGGUACGCUGGCUGUAAAUGUAAUGACUGUGUGUGUAUACAAUAGUUGGGUAUGCUGGCUGUAAAUGUAAUGACUGUGUGUGUAUACAAUAGUUGGGUACGCUGGCUGUGCACAUACUGACUCUAUGUAUACAAUAGUUGGGUAUGCUGGCUGUGCACAUACUGACUGUGUGUAUACAAUAGUUGGGUACGCUGGCUGUAAAUGUAAUGACACUGUGUGUAUACAAUAGUUCGGUAUGCUGGCUGUAAAUGUAAUGACUGUGUGUGUAUACAAUAGUUCGGUAUGCUGGCUGUAAAUGUAAUGACUGUGUGUGUAUACAAUAGUUCGGUAUGCUGGCUGUAAAUGUAAUGACUGUGUGUGUAUACAAUAGUUGGGUACGCUGGCUGUAAAUGUAAUGACUGUGUGUAUUCAAAAGUUGGGUAUACUGACUGUGUUUAUACAAUAGUUGGGUACGCUGGCUGUAAACGUACGGGCUAUAUAUAUAGUAGUGGGGUACGCGGGCUAUGAGCGUACUGACUGUUUAUACAUUAGUUGGGUACGCUGGCUGUGAACGUACAGACUGUGUGUGUGUAUACAGUAGUUUGGUAUGCUGGCUGUGAACGUACAGACUAUGUGUGUAUACAGUAGUUUGGUAUGCUGGCUGUAAAUGUACAGACUGUGUGUGUAUACAGUAGUUGGCUAUGCUGGCUGUAAACCUACUGACUGUGUUUAUACAUUAGUUGGGUACGCUCGCUGUGAACGUACUGACUGUGUAUACAGUGGUUGGGUAUGCAUGCUGUGAACGUACUGACUGUGUGUAUAUAGGUGUUGGGUACGCUGGCUGUAAACGUAAUGACUGUGUGUGUAUACAGUAGUUACACAGGCUGUUAACGUACAGUCUGUGUAUACAGUAGCUGGGUACUCUGGCUGUGAACGUACUGACUGUUUUUGGUGUGGCCUCUAUAUUUCUUCUCAUUUUUUUUAUAUUUUUUUUUUUGUACAGUUUGGACUUGGGGAAUUGCUCUCUGAACCACCUCGAUUUUGCACUGAACCUCACAGAAUCUCUUAACGUAAUGUAAGACCUUCAAACUCCCAACAUUCCUAGGCUGGUCCCAGGGUCGGGGCGGGUUACUGAGCUGGUGGGAGAGCGCAUGGCGGGUUACUGAGCUGGUGGGAGAGCGCAUGGCGGGUUACUGAGCUGGUGGGAGAGCGCAUGGCGGGUUACUGAGCUGGCGGGAGAGCGCGGGGCGGGUUACUGAGCUGGCGGGAGAGUGCGGGGCGCGAGUUACUGAGCUGGAGGGAAAGCUUGGGGCGGGUUACUGAGCUGGUGGGGGAGAGCGCGGGGUGCGGGUUACUGAGCUGGAGGGGGAGAGCGUGGAGCGCAGAUUACUGAGCUGGCGGGGGAGAGCGCGGGGUGCGGGUUACUGAGCUGGUGGGGGAGAGCAUGGAGCGCAGAUUACUGAGCUGGCGGGGGAGAGCGCGGGGCGCAGGUUACUGAAUAUGCCUGAUUGUCGAGGUUCUCAGACUGAGGUCACAUUAAAGAGACCGUACUAUUCAACCAAUGUAAUAGAUUGUCUGUCUUUCUCCCCAGAGACAUCUCUCAGAAUCCGCUAGUGGACUUGUCCCAGGAGAUCUUUCGUGGGCUCAGUGGGCUGUGGUACAUGUAAGUAUCUUCUCUCUCUAAAGCUUUGCUUUCCGCUCUGUUUUAUAUUCCAUAGAGGUAAAUAUCAAUCAUACAACAUCCAUGUAACCAUAGAUCCAAGCACUCCAUAUAGGCGGUGCAAUGGAGCUCCAGUACUCCGACCGAGUACCUCUACCAAGUCCUCUUUCUUGUAGCUAUCAGAGAACCUGGAGCACUUCAGACCAUGUCACUGAGGCUUGUCUGGGAUCAUUGAAGGCCUUUUCUACCCCGGACCAGGCUACUGUGUUUACAGCCCUGGACACACUUUCCAUCAGCAGAUUAUAUCCCUUUCCCCAAACACUAGACAACACUUGGUGACGGUUAAAACAGCAUCUGACUUUAACAGACAUAGCCACAUAUUUAAACACCUAAAAGCCUCAUUUACAUACAAUAGGUUACAUAGAGCACUAUAGUACAAUGAAGGGUGGGGUCAGACAAUAGCAAGGGCGGAUGGGAGAUUGAGGAGGGACAAAGCAGCCAGUUUCAACUGGUCUGGCAGUGUCCCUGGGGCAACGCCCUGCGGGGGAUACAUUGGGACAGGAAAAAGGGGGAGGGGAAGAGGCACAGAUAAGCAAUACAUUCAACAUACCUGUAGCGGAGCUGCAAUAUUAAAUUCCACAAUCUCCACUGGUACAGAAGGUAAUCCAAAGUAAAGCGCUGAAAAGUAAGGCAAUAUCCCAAAUCCCCCAGUAACCGGACGAAACACAGUUCUGGGAGUCAACUGCGGUUUUUAUUCACAGGUCACAGUAUUUAUGAAAGUCCCCAUGCAAGGGGUUUCCCUACUGACAUUGCAGGGGUUAUACAGUGGGGGACUACAUGGGGGGCUUGGCAACCUGGACAUUUCUCCCAUCAGGCACUGCUGGACGAGAGGGAAUACAUCGUUAAGUGGAUUAUCCCUCCGUGCAGCAGAACUGACAUUUUACAUUAAAAUAUAUAACUUUGCCUUUAUUCAUGUUAUCUAGACGAAUGGACAUUCGGUAGAUAGCUGGGGUCUGAGUGCACAUUUCGUUAGAAUACCGCUCAGAUCCCAGCAUAAAUAACAGAACGCUGCUCAAAAUACACUUUAACAUUAGGUUCGCCUAAAAGUUCCGAACACCGAUGGGGAACCAUAAUAGCGAAAGACUGGAGCUCCCGAACGGCCUGGAAGUCCAGCGGUGUUCGCGCCGUCGAGUAGCCGUUUUCAGUUCCACGCGCUCGACGACCAAACACCACUGGUGAAACAAAGGAUCCAAGAUGGCCGACCGCCGCGUGGUCGGUAGCCGAACGACUGCUACCUAGGAAAGCCCUUAACUACCGAUUGCAACAAUGUUGCACUCGGUUAAUGAGUGCCACACGACCCUCUGUGUGUGGGCUACUGAGUGGUAGCUCAUGUUCAUGAAACGAAACACAUGAAUGCUAGCGGCUUUCGGCUGCUAGCACACGAAUGCUCUAAACAUAUCAGCACAGACAGACAUUAUAAUAUAUAAUCCAGCGGCUAUUACAGACAGCACAUAUAGUCCAGUAACCUAAAAGUGGCUAUGUUUGCCACAAUACCCUGCACCAAUAAUGGGCACAGGGUGAUCAAAACACCAAAGGAAUCUGGGGACCCACACAUAGUAUCUGUCUUCCAUCCCCAUAGUUACAUAGCUGAAAAGAGACUUGCGUCCAUCAAGUUCAGCCUUCCUCACAUUAGUUUUUUGCUGUUGAUCCAAAAGAAGGCAAAAAUCCCAGUCUGAAGCACUUCCAAUUUUGCAACAAACUAGGGAAAUGGCAGUCAGAUUAAUCCUUGGAUCAAGCAGUUAUUACCCUACAUUGAAAGAUUAUAUCCUUGAAUAUUCCUCGUGUCCUAUGUAAAGUCCGGUUUGUGAAUAGAUUUCCACACAAUGGUUUGUAUUGGCCCCGAAUAUAUUUGUAUAAUGUUAUCAUAGGUGACGUUUUUCUAAAUUAAAGAAUUUUAAAUGUGUCACACGCAGUACAGGAAAUAAUGUUUUGAACGCACAAUGUGGUCGAUGUCAAUACUAAUUUGCAUAACAUUGUGUUUUUAAUAUACAUAACAAUAAAUUGGUUACUUACGGAUAUUGCCUCCCCGAAGACACCUGCUCUGCCAUGAAGCGGAUUGUGUAAUUAACCAGAUUUAUUGUUGUGUUAUAAAAAGUAAGAUUUCACCGCGGCCAAAAUGUUAUUUCGUGUAUCUGUUUGUCACUAAAGUCUGCGGCAGCACCUAUCUGGAGUGCUCGGAUCCAUUUUUUUUUUUUUUAUUACUCUGCUUUGCUCAGCAGGCUGAUAUUAACCAUAAUUCUUGGAUUCUGUCAUUAGAGCGGUGCCCCUCAAUUUGAGCUGUCCUGGAGGUAAUGAUACAUGGGGGAACGUAACCAAAACCUCCAGCGCCUUGAUCUGCCAGGAUCAGAACAGCGCAUGUGGAACCACCGGGAACCUGAGUGAGUGCCAACUGCCAGACCUUACAAACAUCUCGGCUUCUUUUACCGCGGCUGCGUGGGUUGGGCAUGUCAUGUAAACAGUGAUACAAUGUCCUGCCCUGAGAUUGGACUUUAAAUAUAAACUAGAAUUCCCAGCCAGAUACAGGGAAGGUUGCAAUAAACCCCCUGAACUAACUCUCUAAAUUAAAUGGCAUUCCCAGCCAGAUAGUCAAGCUUUCUCCCAGUUGUUACCUCUUUAAUAACUUAUCUCUGUGUGUUGGCAAUAUUCGAUCUUCUAGUGUGUUAUAAGUAUAAAAAGUCCUGAUUUGCUUUGUGAGGGAAUUGUACUGUGAUCUCAUCUAUAUCGGUCAUGUUUGUGUCCACAGUAUGUAAAUGUGUCUGUGUUGUCUCUGCUUAGCCUUGCUGUGUCCAGAGAGCUCUAUGUGUGCCCCUGAUGGUCCAGGAUACACAAAGUGCGUCUGUGCCCCAGGAUUCACUGGAUAUAAGUGUUUGAGAGAGGUGAGUACAGUGUGCUGUUGGUGACUGCAAGACCGGAGAACAUUGUAACAUAUAUAAUGGGGAAGGUGUAGCUGGUAAUGGGUGGAAAGGUUGAGUGGGGAGGAUGUAGGUGACAAAUGAAGGCGAGCGUAUCUGUUAUUUGGGGGAUUAGGUCAUAAGAGAGCAGGCGUGGUAAUGGGGGGGUUUAGAGGACUGUAUUUAAGUGGCUGGUAAUGGUGGAGGUUUGGAGGAUAAAGUGGUUGGUAAUGGUGGUUUGGAGGAUGUAGCGGAUGGUAAUGGUCGAGGUUUGGGGGAUGUAGCAGUUUGUUAGUAAGGGAGGUUUGUAAUGGUGGAGGUUUGGAGGAUGAAGCGGUUGGUAAUGGGGGAGUUUCGGAAGAUGUAGCAGUUGGUAAUGGUGGAGGCUUGGAGGAUAAAGUGGCUUGUAAUAAGGGAGGUUUGGAGGAUGUUGUGGUUGGUAAUGCAGCACUUCAGACCCAGUUGGUUUGGAGGAGGAUGAGGCUGGUAAUGGGGGAGGUUUGGAGGAUAAAGUGGCUUGUAAUAAGGGAGGUGUGACGGACCACUAGCACUCUGCCAAUCGAUGCUCCUAGUGCUUGCUGAGGACUCCAAGCACUCCAACCGACACCAUUGGCAUUGCAGACCCCACUUCCAGCAAUUCAGUUGCGCCGGGGUCUAGCCAUCCUUCACUCACCCUGGACCCCAGGCGAGGAUCCAGCUUCCAGUGGGCUGUCCUCUCUUCCUACAGAGAGCAUAGCAGGAACAAGAACAGCUCUUACAAGAACUUACCCUGGGGAGUAAGUGUGGUUAAAGCAAUCCCCAAGAGUGUAGUUAUCCCAUCCCCCAAGCAUGAGCCAAGGCUUCAAGAAAGGUUCAAGCAGGUCUGUUUAAUGCACACAAAAGGACUUUCUUUUAUACAAGUAUUCAGGCCAGAGUCACCACCUGGACCUGGUAGUAAACUGUGACAAAAGGGACACAAACCAAUGGGAACACUAACAAAAUAACACUCCCACAUACACAGUAAAAUCCCUCCCCUCUAUCCUGGAGAUAAUUGGCUUAAGGCACUGCAAUAAACUCAAUUAUCUCCAGGUACAGAAAAUAUCUCCAUUUUACAUGAACAGUAAAAAUACAUAAUUCCUAUUAUAUUACACAGUACUCCCACCUUUUAACUUAUCACCAGAUAGAUCGGAUCUGAGCGCCCAAUAUAGGUGAAUAGCGCUCAGAUCCCACGAACAGAGCAAAUUUGCCAUGGGGUUAAAGCUUUGCAAGGGCUGAUGAGAGAUUGAGGAGGGACAAAGCAGCCAAUUUAAACUGGUCUGGCAGUGUCCCUGGGACAAUUCCCUGCUGGAGAACAAUGGGACAGGAAAAGGCACAUUCUCCCAUGGAAUCAAAGGUGCAGAAUUGUGCCAGUUCCAAUUAAAGGGCCAGAACAGUCUUUUAAACACCAAUAAGUCCAAAUAGUGUUUUUAACUUGCAAAGUCACCCGGGGGUCAUAGUCACAUGGCAAGAGGCCGGCAAUUAGUUCUCUCCAGGCACAAGUGGUGAAGGGCACUUCGUCACAGGAGGUUUGGAGGAUGUAGCGGUUGGUAAUGGGGGAGGUUUGGAUGAUAAAGUGGCUUGUAAUAAGGGAGGUUUGGAGGAUGUUGCGGUUGGUAAUGGGGGAGGUUUGGAGGAUAUAGCGGUUGGUAAUGGGGGAGGUGUGGAGGAUGUAGCGGUUGGUAAUGGGGGAGGUGUGGAGGAUGUAGCGGUUGGGAAUGGGGGAGGUGUGGAGGAUGUAGCGGUUGGGAAUGGGGGAGGUGUGGAGGAUGUAGCGGCUGGUAAUGGGGGAGGUGUGGAGGAUGUAGCGGCUGGUAAUGGGGGAGGUGUGGAGGAUGUAGCGGCUGGUAAUGGGGGAGGUGUGGAGGAUGUAGCAGUUGUAAUGGGGGAGGUGUGGAGGAUGUAGCGGGUGGAAUGGGGGAGGGGUGGAGGGUGAAGCAGGUGGUAAAUGGGGAGGUGGAGGAUGUAGCUGCUGGUACGCCGGGGAGUGGAGGAUGGCUGCUGGUAAUGGGGGAGGUGUGGAGGAUGUAAUGCAUGGUAAUGUGGGGAGGUGGAGGGCUGCUGGUAAUGGGGAGGUGUGGAGGAUGUACGGGCUGGUAAUGGGGGGAGGUGUGUGGAGGAUGUAGCGGCUGGUAAUGGGGGAGGUGUGGAGGAUGUAGCAGUUGUAAUGGGGGAGGUGUGGAGGAUGUAGCGGUUGUAAUGGUGGAGGUGUGGAGGAUGAAGCAGUUGGUAUUGGGGUACUUUUGGAGGCUGUAUCGGUUGGUAAUAGGGGAGGUUUGGAUGAUAAAGUGGCUUGUAAUAAGGGAGGUUUAGAGGAUGUUGUGGUUGGUAAUGGGGGAGGUUUGGAGGAUGUAGCGGUUGGUAAUGGGGGAGGUGUGGAGGAUGUAGCGGCUGGUAAUGGGGGGGGUUUGGAGGAUGUAGCGGUUGGUAAUGGGGGAGGUUUGAAUGAUGAAAGGGUUGGUAAUGGGGGAGGUUUGAAUGAUGAAAGGGCUGGUAAUGGGGGAGGUUUGAAUGAUGAAAGGGUUGGUAAUGGGGGAGGUUUGAAUGAUGAAAGGGCUGGUAAUGGGGGAGGUUUGGGGGAUGUAGCGCAUUGUAAUAAGGGAAGUAUGGGGGAGGAUUGAAUGAUGAAAAGGAUGGUACAAAGUGUAGCUGGUGACAAUUGUGUAUGGCCGCACAGUUUGGUUUCUAAUUGCAGGUAGUUAUUCUGUGUCAAUUCUGGCUUUGCUGCAGGGUCCCUUUCCCAUGCUGAUGUUCUUCGGUAUCCUGGGAGUAGUCACCAUCAUGCUGUCUCUUUUUCUCUGGUCCACUCAGCGCAGAAAGGUGAAGAGCCAGUGAACUUCAAAAAGGGGGUCAGAGUUUCACUUCUCAAAUGUCUACAACUUUCUUCUUUCUUUUUGGCAAUUGAUGUUGCAAGAGAUAUGCACACCAGACAAGUCACUCCGUAGGAGCACAUACCGUCUACGAGCUGUACCCUCUAGAGGAGAUGCAGACCCCACAGCUGGUUAAUUAUUACCUCCAAGAGGGUGCAUGCAGCUUUUUUAAUAUCCAGCAGAUUUUGGUGUUCAACUUGUAGAGAAUCUCUAUCUUCAGCAAGUCAGACGGACAAUUACAAUGAAUACUGACACCCAUAGCUCUGACUCUGUUCCAAAAAACUGUUCCAAAAAUAUUAAGACGAUGGAAACAAAGAAAGAAAAUACUAUAAUAGAAGAGAAGGAAUUGGGAAAAUGUGAAUCCGGAAUGUAGAACAAAAGAAUCUAUUCAAAUAGACGCUGACCAUGUUAAUGCCAUUUAGACGUUCUACAUAACAUGGGGUUUAUUGCCUGUAGGGUGGCAUAGAAGACUUGUUGUCUGUAGCGGAUGGCCUUGAGGUGCCCUGGGACUUGUAUUAUUUUUAACCUGUAUUCGUCUAUUUGCUAAAUGUAUAUGCAGUAGUGUAAUGUAUUCAUCUGAUUGUUCGGUAGAAAUCAUUCUAACAAAUAAGGGAAUGAAACUACCGAACAACCAGACCUCCCUGGUGUGAAGUGUGCCUUCAAUUACCUGUUGCAACAUUGUUGCGAACGGGUAAUUGACAAGCUGUGUAGCAAUCCUUUGUUCUCGGGGGUGGCCGCCAUUCGGGAAACGAACACGUGGCUGCGGCCAUUUUAAACUCCCGAACAGCGUUUUUUGCCGUCGAGUGUCUGGAACUCAAAACGGACACUCGACUAGGCGAACACCGCUGAGACCUCCAUCAGUCCGGUCCGUUCGGUUCCAAACUACCGAACGGCCCCUCGUUUGGUAGGCAUAAUCAGCCAAACGAGGGGAUUCAGGCGAACCCUCCCCAGCCUCUAUAGCUGGAGGCUUUCAGGUACUUCAUUCGCCUUUUCCAGGACCGACCGCAGGGCCCAAUCGCAUGGAGCCCGAUUCGGCUAGUUCACCCCGAACCCCUGGUCUGAUCUGGGUGAUUUUUGGAUAUGUUGUUCACCCAGAUCAGGGCUACCAGGGGAUGCAUAAUUUAAAGUGGUACCCCUAGUUUUAGGGGUACAUCCAGAAAUGGGGGGGAAUUGCUGUACUGGAUAAGGGGAUUAUGAUGCCGGCUGAGGGGAGGAGAUGUGUGGGAGGUUACCAGGACAGGAUUGGCUAUUGUGAUAAUGAAUGUAAUCCCUCCCUUGCAUGGGAGCAUGCUAUAUAAGGCACUGUGGAAUAAAGCUUUCAGUUCUGCUCCUGAUGCGGUGUGUCGUCCAGUUAUUGGGAUUGCUGUUGGGAUACCAUUGGAUUAUUUUACCUGCUGGAAACCCUGCCUUUGGAUUUAUAAUUACUUGUUCCUGUGCCUCACUGGGAUCUUAAGCGGAGAUAAUCUGUGGAAUAUUGUAUCUCCGCUACAUUGUCCAUCAGUUCCUCAGGUAUCGGUGGAUUCGUGGGCUCCUUAGUUUGCUGGGGCCAUUUUUUAGUUGGAAGAGAGCGCUGCAAAUGGCUCUUUAGAUAGGCAUGUAAAUGUCUAUUAAAAUGAUUGCGAUGUGCGCACGGUAAAAUCUCUGGAUACCUGAGGCUCCUGUCAGUCAGCUGGGGCCAUUUUAAGUGUAGUGCUGGAAGCAGCUAUUUACAUAGGAAUUUAAAUGCCUACUUGGUGAUCGUGGUGUGAGCAGCACCGCUAACCGCAGCUAUCAAUGCAUAUAUGGGGCUUCUGUUUGUCAGCUGGGGCUAUUUUAGAUGGUUCUGACUGAAUAAUAAGCUCUGUGGAAGUUAGCGCAGCAAAGAGCCCUUUAAAUCAUUCAGAAAACCGCAGCUGGGUGCACUUGCGUUAAAGCUACAGUUUUUGUGAGGUGCAAACUGUUCAGGGGAGACUCUCCAGGAUUUUUUUUUUAUUACCAAAAAUGUUUAAAAAGAAAAAAAAAUUCCUUUUAAUUUCACCCUUUCCCCCCCAUUUUUAUCAAUUUUUAAAAUUAAUUUUCCCACAUGUUGUGUUAGUUAUACUUAUAGGAUGUUAACUAACGCCUCACUUCACACUCAAACUCAGUAAAGGUCUGUAUUUUACAUCCUGCAGAAACACCUACCACUCUCAGGCCUAACUUCACACUCUAACUCAGUGAAGGUCUGUAUUUUACAUCCUGCAGAAAAUCCUACCACUCUCAGGCCUCACUUCACACUCAAACUCAGUGAAGGUCUGUAUUUUACAUCCUGCAGAAACACCUACCACUCUC